AUGGCUGACCAGAUGUCCUUCCUCGUGUUUGGAGAUCAGUCAUUGAACAUCCAUGAGUGCUUGGUUGAUUUCCUCAGUCGCGGAGAUCAUGGCAUUCUUUCCAAGGCAUUCUUGGAGCGCACCAACUCGGCGCUUCAAGAAGAAGUUGAUCGCCUAUCCAACAUCGACCGCCGAAGGAUACCUACCUUUAAUUCAAUCCAACAGUUGAACGAGCGCUAUCAUGUUCAAGCGCAAAAGAACGCGGCUUUGGACAGUGCCCUACUAUGCAUUGCCCAGUUGGCGCUUUACAUCGAGCGCGAAGAGGCAUCACAUGAUGGCAUCACGAGGUCCCAGGAUAGCCAUCUCGUUGGUCUAUGUACUGGCCUCUUUGCAGCAACUGCCAUCACAAGUGCGCCUUCUCUGUCGAUGUUGAUACCGAUCGCUGUGGAGAUGGUCCUGGUCGCAUUCCGAGUGGGCCUUUAUGUCAACACCAUGGCGGAAAACAUCGAAAGCAUGGGCGAGAUAGCACAAAGUUGGACCUAUGUUAUUCCUGAGAUCGAUGAGGCGAGGGCAGGAGAGAUUUUGACAAAAUUCCAUGAAUCCAAUGGGUACUCAGAUUCACCAGCCAUGCGAGCCUACAUAAGCGCCGUCAAUUCGAAUAGCAUCGCGAUCAGUGGCGCACCUUCGACACUCAAAGCUCUCUUACAACAGGAGAAGUUUGAGAAAGCACCCGUCCCACUUUCUAUCCGUGGUCCAUACCACGCAUCACAUCUACACUCCGACGCUGAUCUUGAGAAGAUACUGCGUCUCAAAACCUCCUCCUUAUGCCGGAAGCUCAGCGAGACCACUCCAAAACUCCCUGUGAUGUCGUGCGUUACCGGGUCAUUUUACAACAAGGAUCAGGAUUGCAAGGAACUGCUACUGUCAGUGGUGCGCGAGAUACUCACAGAACCGCUUCAAUUCCAGAAGAUUUUGCAAGGGUGCGUUGAGAAAGCUCAAAGUUACCGAGGAUCGAAGUGCGAGGUCAUUCCAUUUGGGCCAACUCAUGCUGCGCAAAGCCUGUCCAAUGCCUUGAAUGCCCAAACGAGUCUCGAGGUCAUUUUACGCCGAUGCCCAUCCAAGAAGCGCGAGGCAAACCGUGCCGAUAACAACGGACCCGCUGGCCGUGAGAAACUUGCUAUCGUUGGAAUGGCUGGCAGAUUCCCCGAUGCCGCCAGUCAUGAGAAGCUAUGGGAGCUACUUGAGCAGGGAUUGGCGGUCCACCGGGAGGUCCCACCAGACCGAUUUGAUGUGAAGACACAUGUCGACCCGACCGGAAAAGCCAGGAAUACCAGCCAUACACCAUAUGGGUGUUGGAUUGAGAAUCCGGGUCUUUUUGAUCCAAGGUUCUUCAACAUGUCUCCCCGAGAGGCUUUCCAGACGGAUCCCAUGCAGAGACUCGCGCUCGCAACUGCCUAUGAGGCACUCGAAAUGUCUGGCUAUGUCCCUAACAGGACUCGAUCUACGAAGUUGGAUCGUAUUGGAACCUUUUAUGGCCAGACCAGUGAUGAUUGGCGAGAGAUCAAUGCUGCUCAGGAGGUCGAUACCUACUUCAUCACUGGAGGUGUGAGAGCAUUUGGACCGGGUCGCAUCAAUUACCACUUCGGCUUUAGCGGGCCGUCCUUUAAUAUUGACACGGCUUGCUCCUCAAGCGCUGCAGCGAUUCAAUUGGCGUGCACGUCGCUAUGGGCCAAAGACUGUGAUACUGCCGUUGUCGGUGGUCUGUCUUGCAUGACGAACUCCGAUAUUUUUGCUGGCUUGAGUCGAGGACAAUUUUUGUCAAAGAAAGGCCCGUGUGCAACGUUCGAUAACGAGGCCGACGGCUAUUGCAGAGCCGAUGCCUGUGCAACUGUCAUCAUCAAACGACUUGACGAUGCCAUCGCUGACAAGGACAAUGUCCUGGGCGUUAUAUUAGGCACGGCGACCAACCACUCUGCAGAUGCUAUUUCAAUUACCCAUCCCCAUGGUCCAACACAAGAAAUGCUCUACAAAGGCAUUCUCAGCAAAGCAGGAGUCGACCCUCGCGAAAUUGAUUACGUUGAGAUGCACGGGACUGGUACACAAGCAGGCGAUGGCACUGAGAUGCGCUCUGUCACCAAUGUCUUUGCUCCUUCAGAUCCGGCUCGCAGGAGAACUGCUGACCAACCAUUGUUCCUCGGGGCUGUGAAAGCCAAUGUUGGGCAUGGUGAGGCCGCAUCCGGUGUUACCGCACUUAUAAAGUGCUUGAUGAUGAUGCAGAAGAAUGCCAUUCCACCACACGUCGGCAUCAAGGGUACCAUCAACCAGACUUUCCCAAAAGAUUUGGACGAGAGAAACGUCCAUAUCGCAUUCCACAAAACUCCGUUCCAGAGCAAGAACGGUCGUAGUCGUCGGAUCUAUGUCAGCAACUUCAGCGCUGCCGGCGGCAACACUGGGUUACUCCUAGAAGAUGGCCCUACUCACACACCAUCGCAGGUCGAUCCUCGCUCUAUGCACGUAGUCGCAGUUACGGCGAAGUCGAAGUCGUCAUUGCUCAAGAACAUCGAAAACAUCAAUCGCUAUCUUGAGAACAACCCGACGACAUCCGUUGCAGACUUGGCUUACACGACGACGGCUCGCCGCAUUCACUAUAACUGGCGAGUAUCAGUAACUGGAUCUGAUAUCACUCAAAUCCAAGCUGAACUUAUGGCAAAGCUCCAUGGUGAAAACCUAGCGCCCGUUCUUUCUACCCCACCUAAGAUCGUUUUCCUGUUCACCGGCCAGGGAUCACACUAUGCCGCCCUUGGCAAAGAGCUGUACGAGAAUUCGAGUGUGUUCAAAGACAGCAUUCGAGAGUACGAAAAGAUUGCCCUGAUUCACGGGUUCCCAAGCUUUGUUCCCCUGAUCGAUGGUAGCGAGAUGGAUGUCGAUAAACUCUCCCCUGUGGUCGUCCAACUUGGCCUCGUUUGUUUUGAGAUGGCUUUGGCUAGACUCUGGGCAUCAUGGGGUAUUACACCAAAUGCUGUAGUCGGACACAGUCUGGGAGAGUAUGCUGCUCUCAAUGUUGCUGGUGUCCUGUCUGCAAGUGACACUAUCUACUUGGUUGGGAAGAGGGCCCAACUAUUGGUCGACAACUGCCCCGCUGGCACCCACGCCAUGCUCGCGGUUCAAGAGUCGGCCAAGGUUCUCUCAGAGAUCUUGAGCGGCAAUGAAGAUCUGUGCGUAUCGUGCCUCAAUGGGUCCCGGGAGACCGUCCUUGGCGGUACGGCCGAGGCUAUCUCGAACGUCGCAGGGCAGCUGGGCAAGCUGGGCUUGAAGUGCACGCAGCUCAAAGUGCCGUUUGCGUUCCAUUCUGCUCAAGUUGACCCGAUCCUUGAUGAAUUUGAGCGCCUUGCGAGCUCUGUUCGCUUUUCCAAGGAGCAGGUGCCUGUUAUCUCAUCUCUUCAGGGGAAGGUUCUCACCGAGCCCAUUGACGCUGCGUACCUCCGCAAGCAUGCAAGAGACCCUGUCAACUUCAUCGGUGGAAUGAUAUCGGCCCAGACUGGUGGACUGAUUGAUGAAAAGACUGUGUGGCUCGAAGUCGGACCCCAUCCGGUGUGCUUCGGGAUGGUGAAGACUACGUUCGGUGCCGCAACCACUGGUGGACCCACACUUCGAAGAGGUGAGAGUGCAUACAAGACCCUUAGUCGCACUUUGAGCACCCUUCACACAGCCGGAAUGGGAAUCGACUGGAACGAAUACCACAGAGAUUUCGAUUCCGCGCUUCGACUUCUGGAUCUUCCAGCUUACGCCUUCGACAACAAGAAUUACUGGAUCCAGUACGAAGGCGAUUGGUGCCUCACCAAAGGCAAGCCUGCAGCAAUCAUGCCCGCACCCACUCAAGCGGCUUCGAAGUUAUCUACAUCCUCAGUACAGAAGAUCACAAGCGAGCUUGUGAAUGGUGAUGAAGUUACCGUUUCGAUAGAGUCCGAUAUGUCUGAGCCAGCCCUUCGAGGUGUGGUAUCGGGGCAUCUCGUCAAUGGUGCAAUGCUUUGUCCUUCGUCACUGUACGCCGACAUGGCAAUGACAGUCUGCGACUAUGCCUACAAAUUGGCUCGACCAGACGCCAAGAAUGUCGCCAUGAACGUUUCACACAUGCAAGUCCCCAAGAGUUUGAUAGCGAGGGCCGAUGGAAAGUCCCAAAUAUUGAGAUUGACUGCCAAGCUCAACGCCGCAAAAGGUCGCGCGGAUCUCGUCUUCUCCAGUGGUGAAGGCAACUCCCUGGUUGAACAUGCCACUUGUCAAGUUACCUUUGGCAACACUGAGAAAUGUCUCUCCGACUGGGCACGAUACGCGUACCUCAUCCAAUCUAGAAUCGAUUGGCUUCAUGAAGCCGAGGAUCAAGGCAAAGCACACAAGAUUGGCCGUGGCCUAGCAUACAAGCUGUUCGCUGCCCUGGUCGACUAUGAUAAGAAAUACAGGGGCAUGGAGGAAGUCAUUCUCCACAGUGAGAGCAUGGAAGCUACUGCCCGUGUAGUCUUCCAAACGACCGAGAAAGAUGGAAGCUUCUUCUGUAGUCCUUACUGGAUCGACAGUGUUGCCCACAUCUCCGGGUUCAUUGUCAACGGCUCUGAUGCGGUCAACUCGAAGGAGAGCGUCUACAUCUCUCAUGGAUGGGAAUCUCUCCAAGUCGCUGAACCAUUUACGGCGGACAAGACCUACCGGUCGUACGUCAAGAUGCAGUCCCAGCCGGGCAAAAUCAUGGCAGGAGACGUGUAUGUAUUCGAUGGCGACAAGAUUGUCGCAUGUGUUGGAGGCUUGAAGUUCCAGUGCAUCCCAAGAAAGGUACUCAAUACCCUUCUUCCUCCUCCUGGCAUGGCUUCCAGUCGCCCUGCUCCACAGCCUACCCCGGCACCAAAGAAGGUUCAAAUGACCAGGAGCUCCUCGCCGCAAGUCACCAUGGAAACCAUUGGAACUGUCAACCAGAAACUUGCUUCCGUCACUUCGCGGGCUCUGGACAUUCUCGCUUCUGAAAUUGGGGUUGGGAUCGAAGAACUGGUCGACAACGUCGCCUUCUCGGAUCUUGGUGUAGACUCACUUAUGUCGCUCAGUGUCAGUGGAAGACUGCGUGAUGAGUUGGAGAUUGAUGUCCAUUCAUCAGACUUCCAUAACGAACAAACUAUUGGAGAGUUCAAGAAGGUUCUGUCGAAGUUCGAGAGGAACUCCCCGGCAAUUUUGAAUGCGAGCCACAGGUCAAGCACCGACGACACGGCCACCGAUGAAGAUGAUGAGUCGAAGGCUACCACCCCUCUCGAUGACAGUGGAUCAGAGCGUGGCAAAGAGAAUGAUGUGACGGAAAUAAUCCGAACCACAAUUGCCGAAGAAAUGGGCUUCGAGCUUCACGAGAUUACGGAUACGGCCGAUCUGGUAUCCCUUGGACUGGACUCGCUCAUGAGCCUUUCCAUCCUUGGUGCCAUUCGCGAGAAGACUGGGCUUUCGCUACCCGCUGAUCUCCUGACCGUGAACAAAACAAUCCGAGAGAUCGAACGAUCUAUGGGCUUUGACUCCAAACCCAAGCCCAAGUCCAAGCCAGCUCUCGCUCGAAAUGAGUCCGAGACCAGCAUUAUAAAGCCGACCAGAUCCGCGACCUCUGUUCUGCUGCAGGGAAAUUCUCGCCUUGCCACCAAACAUGUGUGGAUGAUCCCUGAUGGAGGUGGAUCUGCCACGUCCUAUGUCGAUAUCCCUGACUUGUCACCUGAAGUCGCAGUAUGGGGUCUUAACUCCCCGUUCAUGAAGGUGCCAGAAGAGUACAACAUUGGAGUGGUUGGAAUGGCUGAGCGUUUUAUCACGGAGAUCAAAAGGCGUCAACCUACCGGUCCAUACAUCCUGGCAGGCUGGAGUGCGGGAGGCGUAAUCGCGUUCGAGGCUGUCAAUCAACUCACCAAGAUGUCAGAGGAGGUUGAGCAACUCAUUCUCAUUGAUUCACCAUGCCCCGAUAUCAUUGAGCCGCUACCUUCCUCCCUUCAUCGUUGGUUUGCCUCAAUCGGAUUGUUGGGUGAUGGAGAUAUGUCUAAGCUUCCAGCAUGGCUUUUGCCUCAUUUCGCUGCAUCGGUCAACGCGCUAUCAACAUACACCCCAGAGAAGAUUGACCCUGCUAAAUGCCCUGUUGUUACGGCCAUCUGGUGCGAAGAUGGAGUCUGUCACCUCCCCACAGACCCACGACCUGACCCCUUCCCCUACGGCCAUGCCCAAUUCCUUCUCGAUAAUAGGACCGACUUUGGUCCCAACCUGUGGGAUAACUAUCUGAGCAUUGACAAGUUCUCUUGUCACCAUAUGCCAGGGAACCAUUUCACUGUAAGUUCCUUAAAAUCAUUCUACUAUAAAUCGGACAACUUGCUGACUUUCGCGUUCCAGAUGAUGAAAGGCGACAAGGUCAGUUCCAUCUUACUCUCCGGCAGCGUUUGCAAAGUCCUUCAGAAUACCAAUCCCACCUGCCUUCUAUUUUCCUCCUCCGUAAUGAUUAAAAGCUGA